GAUGGCGGCCGCGGCGCCCGCGCCCAACCCGGUGCAGACGCUGCAGGAGGAGGCCGUGUGCGCCAUCUGCCUCGACUACUUCACCGACCCCGUGUCCAUCGGCUGCGGCCACAACUUCUGCCGCGUGUGCGUGACGCAGCUGUGGGGCGGCGAGGACGAGGACGAGGACGGCGGCGGCGGCGGCGAGGGCGGCGCGGACGCGGCGCGCGGCGAGCCGGGCCGCGAGGACGACGACGACGAGGCCGACGAGGACGAGGUGGACGUGGACGUGGACGCGGCGGCGGCGGGCGGCGGCGGCGGCUGGGACACCCCGAUGCGCGACGACGACUACGAGGGCGACAUGGACGAGGAGGAGGAGGAGGAGGAGGAGGAGGAGGAGGACGAGGGCGCCUACUGGGCCGGCGGCGACGGCUGGGGCCACAUGGACUACGGCUGGGCCGAGGAGGACGAGGAGGAGGAGGAGGAGGAGGAAGAGGAGGAGGACCUGGACUACUACCUGCACGGCAUGGACGACGAGCUGCAGGACGACGACGACGAGGAGCCGCUGGACGAGGACGAGGACGAGGACGACGACGAGCUGCCGCCGCCGCCGCCCCCGCCGCCCGCGCCCGCGCCGCCCGCGCCCCGCCGCUGCUUCACCUGCCCGCAGUGCCGCAAGAGCUUCCCGCGCCGCAGCUUCCGCCCCAACCUGCAGCUGGCCAACAUGGUGCAGGUCAUCCGCCAGAUGCACCCGAGCCCCGGCGGCCGGCCCGGCCGCGCGCCCGAGCAGGGCGUCUGCCCCAAGCACCAGGAGGCCCUCAAGCUCUUCUGCGAGGUGGACGAGGAGGCCAUCUGCGUCGUGUGCCGCGAGUCCCGCAGCCACAAGCUGCACAGCGUGGUGCCGCUCGAGGAGGUGGUGCAGGAGUACAAGGCCAAGCUGCAGGGGCAUGUGGAGCCGCUGAGGAAGCACUUAGAGACAGUGCAGAAGCUGAAGGCCAAGGAGGAACGGCGGGUGACACAGCUAAAGAGCCAGAUGAAGUCGGAGCUGGCCGCCGUGGCCUCGGAGUUUGGGAGGCUGACCAGGUUCCUGGCUGAGGAGCAGGCAGGGCUGGAACGUCGUCUCCGGGACAUGCACGAGGCCCAGUUGGGGCGCGCCGGGGCAGCUGCCAGCCGUCUAUCGGAGCAGGCGGCCCAGCUGAGCUGCCUGCUGGCAGAGGCACAGGAGCGGAGCCAGCAGGGGGGCCUAAGGCUACUCCAGGACAUCAAGGAGACUUUCAAUAGGUGCGAAGAAGUGCAGCUGCAGCCCCCCGAGGCCUGGUCCCCUGACCCGUGUCAACCCCAUAGCCAUGACUUCCUGACAGAUGCCAUCGUGAGGAAAAUGAGCCGGAUGUUCUGUCAGGCAGCCCGAGUGGACCUGACGCUGGACCCCGACACUGCCCACCCAGCUCUGCUACUGUCCCCUGAUCGCCGGGGCGUCCGCCUGGCCGAGCGGCGGCAGGAGCUGCCUGACUACCCCAAGUGCUUCUCUGCCGACUGCUGCGUGUUGGGGGCGCAGGGCUUCCGCUCGGGCCGCCACUACUGGGAAGUGGAGGUGGGUGGGCGGCGUGGCUGGGCAGUGGGUGCUGCCCGCGAGUCCACUCACCACAAGGAGAAGCCAGGAUACUCCGGGGGCAUGUCGGGAGGUGGAGACACCAGCGCAUCACGCCACCACCAGCACCACCACCACCACCACUACCAGCACCACCGCCGCCGCCGGCCUCACCUACCACCGCCGCCGCUGCAGCGCGAGGUGUGGUGUGUGGGCACCCACGGCAAACGCUACCAGGCACAGAGCUCCACGGAGCAGACGCUGCUGAGCCCAAGCGAGAAGCCACGGCGCUUUGGGGUCUACCUGGACUACGAGGCUGGCCGCCUGGGCUUCUACAACGCUGAGACGCUAGCUCACGUGCACACCUUUUCAGCGGCCUUCCUGGGCGAGCGAGUCUUCCCGUUCUUCAGGGUGCUCUCCAAGGGCACGCGCAUCAAGCUCUGCCCGUGAUGGUGGGGGUGCACGGGCGCUGGAGGGUCAGGAACUCUGCUUCUCGCUCCCUCCUGACCCAGGCCCCUUGCUUUUCCCUCUAGACGCCUAAAGCCACCUUUGGCUCAGCCGUCUCUGCCUAUCAGGUCUGCAUGGGUCCCUGAGAAUAGCUGCCUGCCUGUCCUCCCUAUUCCCUAUUCAACCAGGGGUCCAGUGUGGGAUGCAAGGACAUGGUGCCUCACCCAAUCCUCCUUGGCUUGUCCCCUAACUGCUCUUGAAAACUUUCAGCGUCAUUUCGGAGGCUG